AUGAUCGGCGGCAAGACAGCUCUCGUCAUUGGUUACGGCGAUGUCGGCAAGGGCUGUGCUCAAUCCCUCCGUGGUCAAAUCGCUCGCGUUUUCAUCACAGAAGUCGACCCAAUAUGCGCUCUCCAGGCUGCUAUGGAAGACUACCAGGUCCGCCGCAUCGAGGAAGUCGUCAAGGAUGUAGAUAUCUUCGUUACAUGCACAGGAAACUGA